AUGUAUUAACAGAACAAAAAAUCAAGCUAUAGAAAUUAUCAAAUAAGUAGAGUUAACUCAAAAGUUCAUUAGUAAGAGAAAUCAACUUCUCCAUCUAUGCAUUCUAGAUAAUAAAUAACUCCAAAGAGAAAAUAAUAAUUUUCAUUACCAAAAUUCGAUACUACAAAUAAUUAUCUUUAAUAACCUGUAACUAGAGAACAUAUGCUAAAAUUCUUAGAAUAAAUUGUUUUUGCAGUCGAAAAUGUUUAAUGUAUUUUGUCUCAACCAGAAAGUGUAUAAAAUUAAAUGCCAGAAAAUCAAGAUUAAUAAAAAAAUAAAUUCAAAAUUACCUAAGAAUAAUAAACAGAUUAAUCUUUUAUUUAGUAAUAAUUACAAUCUAAAUUUAAAUUUGUAAAUAAAAAAACAUAAACACCUAAUAGAACUUAAUCAUAUUAUUAAGAAAGUGAAUUAAAAUAUUUUAAGGCAACUAAAUUAAAAACUGAAUUUUCAGAAGAAAGUGAUACAACAGAAAAACAAUCAUUUAAAUUACCAAUUAUUUCACAAUAAUCUUCGACAGUAAAAUAAAAGAUCAGUAAAAUAUUACCAGAUGGAACAAAAAAUAGAAUCUAAUCUUAAGUUAUUUAGUAUUAAUAUUUUAAAAAUCAAAAAGAUAAUCAUAAAAUAUAAUCUUAAUGUAUUAAAGGAUUUCAUUAAGAAUCUUAAUCAAAUAAAUCUUAAAAACUUAAUGAAUCUUCUUAGUAAAAUAUAAUUAAGACAGAGUAAUCUGAAAACGAAUAGGUUUCAAUCACACCUAAAUAAUCAAAAAUAAAUCAUGAUACUGAAACUCAAAAAAAAUUAAAUAAUAUUCAAAUGAAAGAUUAGUCUUCUCUUAAUUAAACAGCAAAAGUACAAAAUGAUAAAUAAAGUAAUUAAUUAGAAUAAUCACAUUAAUCUAUUAAAAGUAAAACUUCAAAUAAUCUUGUCAAUUAGGAUACAAAACAGAAUUAAAUAUUUGAUCCUCAAUUAUCAUAAGAUAAAAAUAUUAAUAGUUAACCAAACUCAAUUCAAUAAGAAGAUUCUUAAAAUAUAGAAAUCAAACAGAAAAUCAAAAAAAGACCUAUUCAUUUAAAAUAAACAAAUUAAAUUAAUAAUGAUUCAAUUUAAUUUGAUAAACAUGAAUUAUCUAUUAAUUCAAACUAAAUAAAUAAUUCCCUUUUAAAAUCCCUUUUAUUAAAUGAUGCUUCUAAGAUUUAAGAAUAGAGUCCUUCUGAUCAAGUCGAUAAUUAAUAAAUUAAUAAAGAACAAUCCUAGAAUAAUAAUUAAGAUGAUGAGAAUAUUGAUUUAAAUAAAAAAUAAAAUACUUAAGCAUAAAUUGAUUUAUCAUAGCAGAUAAUAAAGAAUGAAGCUAUAACUCAUAGAAUUUAAGAAAUUUAAUUACAAAAUCCCAUAACAGAUUAAUAGAAUUUAUAAUUAAUUUCUAACAGAUAAUCCUAAAAUCAAAAUAAAACUCUUGAAAAUGAGGAAUUUUAUUUUGAACCUGAAGAAGAAAAUAAAGUAAUUUCAAAACUCUAACCCAAAACCAAUUUACAAGAUUAAGAAUAAUUGAUGAAUAAAACUAGUUCAACAGUGAAAAGUGUUUAUAUUCUUAAAAAAGAAGAAAUUGUAGAAAAAGGAAACUCUGAGAUAUAAUAAGGAUUAUAAAAUUAAGAAAAUUUAAAUUAAAAUGAUAUAUAAUAGUUAUUAUAAAUAGAGAAUGAAAAUACUUAGAAUCAAUUAAGUAAAAAGAAUUCUAUAAAUGAAACAUAAGAUUAAAAUUAAAAAUCUGAGAAAAAAAUUACACAAAUUACAAUAAGAAAUGAUUUAGUAAAAAGUCUUUUCUUAGAAAAAUAAUAAGGAGAAAUUAAUGAAAAACGAAAAAGUUUACAAUAGAGUUAAAUUUAUGCUAAAAAUGAGUAAAAUAAUAUACAUAUAUUUAAGUUUAAAUAAAUAAUUAAAUUUAGAACCUACCGAUUAAAUCAAAGAAAAUGAAAGUAAAAGGAUACAAGAUAUAAGUCAGAUUAAUUAAACAAAAGAAAAUUAAAAUAUAGGAGAGAAUCAUUAAUUCGUUUUAAAUUAAUUAUAAAGUAAUGAAAACGAAAACCAAUAAAAAAGACUCGGAUAAGAAUCUUUGCAUGAUUAAAAUAAUACAAUAAAUAUAUCCUAGGAUCAAUUGAAACAAAUUAAAUCAUCUGAAAAUAUAGAUGGUUAUGAUUAAGAAAAUAAUCAUGAUCUAUUAUAAAAAGAUUUAAGUUAAAAUAAUUCUUAAGGAUUAAGUAAUAGAUCUAUGAUUUAAUCAAAGAAAAUUAAUUUUCCUAAAGAAACACAAGGAAUAGAUUCUAAUUUGAAAAUAAUAUGA